GACACACACGUGGCUACACCAACCACAAACCGGAGGACUGGGAGACGCUUGGCUUGGUUCAAGCGCAGCGUUGAGUGAGAGAGGGGAUAGCUCGGAACAGUCAGGGCUAAACUUUCAGGGAGUGUGACGAGCAGGUCGUGAAUAAAUUAACCGGGUCACCAUCCCCCGUAUUCAUUCCCAGCAAGAUGGCAGACGUAGAGCUGGUGAAGAAGAUGUUACGGGAGGUGCUGACGGCCAAUAAGAGCGGACCCGGGGUGUCUUUGUCCCGCCUCCAGUCUGAAUACAAGGAUCUGACUGGUGAACAGAUCCCUCAUAAGCAGCUGGGUCAUGGCAACCUGGACGCUCUGCUGCACAGCAUGCCCAGCGUGGUCCGCAUGGAGCGCAACCGCUCUGGGGAGAUGGUGUAUUUCGCCUCAGUCUCUGGCGAGACUGCCCACGUUGCCAAGCUUGUGGCUCGCCAGCGUACCUCAAAGAAGACUGGACGACCCCAAAUGGUCAACUGUCAGAUGAGAGUGAAGCCUGCCGCCCCUCUCGUCCUCAACGCCAAGCCCAGAACCUCCCUAAGACAGCCAGACCAUAGGGGUCGUGGUGUGGGGCGAGGAGGCGGGGGCGGCCGGUCAGGGGGCCAACAUGACUUUAGACAGGGGAGGGACAUGAGGGACACCCAAUCAGAAGGGAAGACUAAUCAGAGUUCCAACCAGAACAAACCAACCCAUCAGAACACCCCUACCACCAGGAAGUCCUCUGUGCCCUCAGAGAGGUCCGACAAAAGGAUGACACUUCCAUCACGGUUCCAGAAGGAAGUGCACGCUCACCUAUCCAGGAAUACCCAAAGCAACACUCCCUCAAACCUCAACGAGAGUGCUGGCUCUGGGAAGCCCAAGCCACAGCACUCCCCCAAGGACUACAACCCCUCUUCUGCUGGCGGGAACUACAGUCCCCAGCAGGUGCAGGGGCGUCUCAGAGAGGUGUUGAACAAAUACAGUAAUGGCUUCUGGGUGUCUAAGUUACCCCAGCUCUACAGAGAACUGUACAAACAGGACCUGCCUAGCGAAGCACUCAAAGAUCUGGAGCACUGGACACACGUAUGCACUGUAGAGAAACCUUGCAGCAGUAACCCAAAAGAGUUACUCCUAUACCCAGCUAAAGAACCAACCCAUACACAGACCCCAUCCCCUGUCCCUGCCAGAGUCCUAUCCCCCACCUCCGCCCCUUUCACUCCAUCCACGGACAUCAAACCCCAGUCAAAGCCCCCUACCAGCCCCCCUACCACCACCAUGAGCCCUCUCCCCCUCACCCCCCCUUCCACCUCCCCCAGUCACACAGCCUCCCCCUCCACCCUCUCCCCCGACUUGAAACAGAAGCUCGGGGAGCUCCUGGUGAAAUACAGCAACGGUCUAUGGGCCCACGCCUUACCCAAACUCUACUUGGACACGUACAAGACAAAACUCCCCGAACACGUCCUGGAGAAUCUCUCGCUGCUCUCCGACUUCUGCACCGUAGACUACCCCAUGCCGGACAACCCCAAGAGGGCCAUCCUGUACAAGAGGACCCAGGAGGAGGAGAGCUGCAACAGGAGGGAGUCAGUGGAGGAGCGCAGGGCCAGAGAGGAGGUAGGGAGGAGGCUCAGUUCCCAGGCUGUACCUCCUCUCCUCAUUCCCAGGGAGGAGUACCCCUCUGUGCUGGUGGUGGAAGCUACCAAUACCAACGGAGUCAUACUUCGGUACAUAGGAGAGGGCUACUCCCAGGCCCAGGAGGCUCUGGAGGAUAAGAUGAGAGCGUUCUACUGUUGCCAAGACAACAACAGUCGUACCCCUCUGGCCUCUCCAACCUCGGGUCAGCUGACAGCCGUCAGGGCUGAGGAAGAGGAGGAGAUACUACGAGCACAAGUCACAGAGGUCAUGACCGACAAGGUCAAGGUUUACUAUGUGGAUCACGGGUUUUCCGAAGUCAUCAGCAAGGCCAAAGUGUUUGAGCUGCAUGAUACGUUUUUCAAGCUGCCUUUCCAGGCCACCAAGUGUAAAUUGGCUGGUCUGGAGACUUUCUGCCAGGAGCCUGCUGUUCUGAAGAAGUUUGAGUCCAUGGCUAGCGGAAAGAUCCUAUUGGCUGAGAUCCUGGAGAGAGAGCAGACCCCAUUGGUGGUCCUGUAUGACACGUCGCAGGAUGAUGAUGUCAACAUCAACGCAGCCUGUAUCAAAGCCCUGCAGGACAAGACCCUAGCCAGCCCACUACAGGUGAACAGUGCCUAUAUGAACGUGGCGGUGAGAAGUGUGUGUUCAGACGGGACCAUCUACUGCCAGCUCCCUUCUCGAGGCCUGGCCAAACUCACUGAGAUACUGGAGAAGACCGAGGCUUACUUCCACUCACAGGUGACAUCAGAGUUCCUGGUGUCUAGACCGUUCUGUGGUAAAGGCUGUCUGGCUCGCUACAAGGGCAAAUGGUCUCGCGUGGAGAUAACCAAUCUCCAUGGCAGCAGAGUCCUAGACAUCCUUUUCAUAGACUUGGGGGUCCAGGCCUCGGUGGAGGUGUUUGAACUGAGGGAAGUCCCGUCCCCUUUCCUACACGACCUGAUUGCUAUUCCACCACAGGCAGUGAAGUGCUGUCUGGCUGACCUGGCUGUUAGUGGUGUGGGCUCUUGGACCCCAGACGCUGUUCAGUGGCUCCGAGACGCCGUGCUCAACUCUACAGACUGUAGUAUGAAGAUAGCCAAGCUGGACAAGACCAAGCGCAGCGUAGUCCAUGUCUACCUGUUCACCGACAAGAACUUCCACGACCCCACGAGAAGCCUCAACCACCAAAUGGCCGCCUCUGACCUCUUCAAACACCAAGGAGACGUCUUCCUAAGCAGCCACAGCCCUUCCAAGACCUCCAUCUGUACCUCCACUGCCACCCUCACCUCCACAUCCACAACCACAACCACUCCCAGCUCCAAUGGGACCAAGCCCCAGCUACGACGCGCCCACUCUGGCUCGGGACCCAGGCCAACGGGGGGUACAGGCACCCCUCCUGGAACUCCCCCACCUCCCUCAACCACCGCCCCUAUUAAGCUACCCCCGCUGCUGGACCUCCCUCCUGCAGGUCACAACAUGGAUAUCUAUGUGUCCGUGGCCUGCCACCCGGGUCACUUCGUACUGCAACCCUGGAGAGACAUGUACAAGCUGGUAGUUCUGAUGGGAGAGAUGAUCCUGUACUAUAAUAAAACAGAGGAGAAGCCUCUCAAAGUGGAGAAGAAUCAGAUAUACGCUGCUAAGGUGGAGAACAAUUGGCACCGUGUGCUGGUGAAGGGGGUGUUGACCAACGGCCUGGUGUCUGUCUAUGAGCUGGACUACGGUAAACACGAGCUGGUCAGCUGCACCCAGCUUCGCCCACUAAUCCAGGAGUUCAGACAGCUGCCAUUCCAGGGCAUCACUGCACAACUCGCAGGAGUGAAGCCGAGGCAGUGGUCGGAGGAGGCUUCCAUCGUGUUCCGGAACCACGUAGAGAAGAAGCCGUUGGUGGCCCAGCUGGAGGCCGUACAGGAAGCGCAUCACCCCUGGGACAGGAAGUUGACCGUCUUCCUGGUCGACACCUCGCAGGAGGAGAGGGACAUCUGGGUGCAUGACAUCAUGGCUGAGUUCACAGACGAACUCACCAAAGAAGUGUAGUUGGAUAAACUGUGCACAACAGUGCAUCUAUAGUGCUGGUUAUGGCAGGAACAACUAAGUAGGUCUAUCCAAAACAAAUGUAAAAAAAUAUAUAUACACGUUUGUUUUGGAUACCUAAGUGUAGUCGGAUGCUGGACUUUGCUGCGGGCGUUGCUAUGAGAAACCAGAACGCUUGUUGGGGUUGCUAUGGGAGACCAUUGGGAGAUGGUUUAGAGAUAUGUCACUUAGACUUGUCAUUUUGUGUUUGAGAGUGGGGUGACACAGUGACAAUGAAACACACUCGCAGCAGCAUGGCAUGAUAUUUUCAUCAAAAGCUCAAUAAUAUCACCCUCGUGCUGACUUACCUUACAGCUUUGCCACACAGAGGAGUUGUCAUAGUGAACUGUUGAAUAUCUAGUCUCGUUAUGGGAUGGGUUUCCCAAAGCCUCCGUAGCUAAUAACAUGGUACAGUACUUUGUUUCUCUGGACAACCCAGACUCACACCACUUGUUGAACAGCAAAGUGCUUAAUUUGACAAAUUCCGUUCCUUAACUGGAAAACAUUGAUGUAUCUGUUUCUCUCUCUUGUCCAGGUUGUGGGAAAGAAAUAGCAGUCAACAUUCGCUACAAAGGAUUUUGGAAACUCACCUAUGGCUAGUGGCUUUCAUUAGGCUACAGUGUCUAUAUAAAGAAUUUCUACUCUGGCUAUACAAAGCUAUGGAAAUGUAUAUGUGGUGCAUUAGCUGCAUUAUCGAUCAACAAUGCACAAAAAGUAUUUAACUCAACUUGUAAGAGACUGUGGUUGGUUUUAAAGGCCUUUACCAAUAGCCUGGUUAAACUAGAUUGAAAGGUGAACAACAAUAGUUUCGUGCCGCAUUCGGUCUGUUAUAGCCAGGCUAACUUUACCAAGGUCUGUUCAUGGGAAACUAAUAUAAAAGGUAUAUAUAUAUAUGUGAUACAUUAUGUGAUACAUUAUCGAUCAGCAACGCACAAAAAGUAUUUAACUCCACUCAGAGACGGUUGUUAAUUGAGACACAGAGUUCCAGUGUGAAGGCCUUUACUGUACCCAGGCCUGUUUAUUUGAAUCUGUCGUCAUUAAGGUUUACAAAACAUAGUUUAAAGGGAUAGUUCGGCAAUUAGACCGCUUUCAAGGGAAGGAAACCUGGAUAAGUAAAUACGUUACAAUCACUGAACUAUCACUUUAAGACAUUCCCUCGAGUGAAUUGAUGAUGCAAAGAAGCCAUUGUUAUUUCUUAUUUCUAUUU